AUGAAACUUGGUCAUCUAGCUGACGAAGGAUACAAAGAUUGGAAGAAUAUCAGUCGAUGUCUCAGUCUUCAUGAAACUAGUAAAGAUCAUAUUGAUUGCAUGACUAGUUGGAUUGAAUUAGAAAGAAGACUUCGAAAGAAAAAGACAAUUGAUGAAAAUAUACAAGUAGCAAUUAACAAGGAGAGAGGACAUUGGAAACAAGUAUUGAAGAGAAUAAUUGCAGUUGUGCAAAGAAUUGCGAAGAAUAACUUGCCACUUCGAGGAGAUAAUGAGAAGCUUUAUGUUGAGAAUAAUGGAAUCUUUUUGCAGCUAAUUGAAAUGAUUGCUGAAUUUGAUCCAAUAAUGGAAGAGCACCUUCGGCAUGUUCAAGAAAGAUCGAUUCAUUACACUUAUCUUGGACCCAAAAUCCAAAAUGAAUUGAUACAGAUGUUGGCGGCUGAAGUAAGAAGUUUAAUUGUUGCAAAAAUUAAUCAUGCAAAGUAUUUCACUGUCAUACUUGAUUGCACUCCAGAUGCAAGUCACGAGGAGCAAAUGUUCUUUGUAAUUAGAUGUGUGGAUGAUUCAGAAAAUGCAAUAGCGAUUGAAGAAUUUUGGAUUGGAUUUUUGAAAGUUAAUGAAACUUCAGGACUUGGGCUUUUUACAGAGCUUAAAAAUAUUUUGAACAAUCUCGAACUUGACAUUGAUAAUAUAAGAGGUCAAGGAUAUGACAAUGGAUCUAAUAUGAAAGGAAAACAUAAGGGUGUACAGAGUAGAUUACUUGAAAUUAAUCCUAGAGCUUUCUACACUCCAUGUGGAUGUCACAGUCUUAAUCUCACAUUAUGUGAUAUGGUGAAAUGUUGUCCUAAAGCAAUGUCCUUUUUCGGUGUAAUACAAUGCAUAUAUUUAUUAUUUUCUUCUUCUACCAAGCGGUGGAAAAUCUUCAAAGAUCAUGUGCAAGGUCUUACAGUCAAGCCACUAUCACAAACACGAUGGGAAAGCCAUGUUGACAGCGUGAAGCCCAUAAAAGAUCAAACUUCAAAAAUACGAGAUGCUUUAAUUGAUUUGGCAAACAUUUCUGAUGACUCAAAAAUAAAGAGUGAAGCUGAGGGUUUGACAUCAUUUGAACUUGAGAAUUUUGAGUUCAUGUUUGGAAUGGUAAUUUGGUAUAAGUUAUUAUAUGAGAUUAACAUUGUUAGUAAGUUUCUCCAAGCAGAAAAUAUGGAUAUUGAUAUUGUUAUUAGACAAUUAAAAGGACUUAUUUCUUCUGUCCAAGAGUUUACAGAAUCUGGAUUUGAUCAAGCAUUAAUUGAAGCUGAACAUAUUGCAAGUGAAAUGGGAAUUGAACCUAUUUUUCGAGAAAAACGCAUCAUCCGAAGAAAGAGACAAUUUGAUGAGAUCAAUAGUGAAGAUGUAACUCAGUCUCCUAAAGAAUCUUUUUGA